UUUUUGAAUUUGGAGAAUUCCUUUGAGGGAAAAGACUACGUAUGUGGGAGGAUGCUCCAGUUCCUGAUGGAAGCGAGUGGGAGAGAAGGAAAUCCAAAUCUUGUGUCCUUUCAGCUGCUGGAGACUCUCUUGUACAGGGUUCACUUAAGCCUGUUUACAGGAAGACAUCAGAAUGCUCUUGUUCUGCUGCAGAAUGCUUUAAAAACUGCAAAUGAAAAGGUAAUAUCAGAACACCUUACUGUAAGUGACCGUUGCUUGGCUUGGCUGGCUUACAUACAUCUAACUGAAUUCGGCAUUCUCCCAGUCAAGUUCUAUGAUCCAGCUAAUGUCAGUCCUUCAAGGAUCAUGAACAAAGAGCCAUUUUUGAUACCAUGGCAAACGGUUCAAGAUGUGAAGACUGAUCCUGAUAUGCUAUUAGCUAUGUUUGAAGAUGCAGUCAAAGCAUGUACCGAUGAAAGCCUUGAGGCUGACAAAAGAAUAGCUAUCUGCUUUCCUCUCUAUAGAAACAUGAUAGCUUUGCUGAAACUUCUUGAAAGGUGGGAGUCUGCUGCAGAACUCUGUAGAUCUUUAUUGGAGCUCUGCCCUGACAACUGCCACCUCUUGGAGAGUUUGGCCACCUUGUAUUUGCAGAUGGAUCAGAGUGACAAUGCCUACAAAGUGUGGAUUGGAGCUUUUGAGAGGAAUCCUCAGAAUGCAGAAAUCUUUUAUCAGUUGUGUAAAUUCCUUGUUUCACAGGAAAGGUCAAGCAGUAUUCUUCCACUGUUGCAAGAUUUUGUGGCAGCUUUCUUUGAGAAUAUGUGCCAAGAGCAUGGUCCUAUGGAUCUCUUAAGAUAUCUCUUGAAUUUUCCAAUGCCAAUUGAAUUUACAUCACCUCUCUAUAAAGAACAUCUUACAGAUGAUACUGUAAACCAGCAAAUCCCUUAUCUGUGGCAGAUCUACUGUUUGUGCCAGUCUCUUCACGCGAGUUUUGGGGAAGCACUGGAUGCUUAUGAAGCAGCUCUGGGGGCAGUGAUGCAGCAGGAAACUGUUCAGAACAUCUGGCUGGAUUACCUUGUUUUUAUCAAUAGCAAAGUUGUUGGAUCCAACAACAAAGUUCAAGAAUUCAAGCUUUUUACUGACCUAGUGAACAGAUGUCUGGUUACAGUCCCCACACGAUACCCAAUUCCUUUUAGUACUGCUGAUUAUUGGACCAAUUAUGAGUUUCAUAAUAAGGUAAUUCUUUUUUAUUUGAGCUGCAUUCCAAAAUCUCAACAUUCCAAAACCUUGGAACGGUUUUGUUCUACCAUGCCUGCUAAUCCUGGACUUGCACUGAGACUGCUUCUGCAAUACUGGGAGGAGAGCAAUGUUCAAAUUCUGAAACUGCAAGCCAAGAUGUUUACAUAUAAUAUCCCAACAUGCCUGGCCAUCUGGAAAAUAGCCAUUGCUGCCGAAUGCUUUCUAAUGGGACAAAGAGAAGUCCAUCAUUUAUAUCAGAGAGCCCUUCAGAAGUUACCUCUAUGUGCAACACUGUGGAAAGAUCAACUCUUGUUUGAAGCAUCAGGAGGAGGUAAAACUGAUAACCUGAGAAAACUAGUUUCCAAGUGCCAAGAGGUUGGAGUCAGCCUAGAUGAGCUUUUAAAUUUAAACACUUACAGAACAGAAAGCAAGAAUCACUGAACGCUGGGUACGGUCAGCCAUAAGUCCUAUUAAAUGCCAAAAUCAGUUGAAUGAUUCUUCAGGCUGAUCCAUGCCUAAGAUCUGUGUAAGGCAGAUGAGUAUUGCUGAGCGUAUUGAGUCUCCAAUCUGCUUUCCUUGAACCUGGAAACAAUUAACAUGACCCUCCUCUGGAAAAAUGAACUCCCUGUCUGGCCUUGCUUCUGGGCCCUGCCAGAUUCUCAUAACGUCAUCUACGUAAGUAUAGUUAAUCAAAAUGACAGACAUUAUUUUUUUAUGUUUUUAUUUUCUGUUUUCUUUGUUUUGCUGUUCCUGAUUCACUUGACACUCUCACUGAUGCCUGAGAGAUCUGUGUUUGGGAUUAAUUUACUGGGCUGUGUUUACAGUAAAAAGCAAGUAGUCCAUUUUGGGUUUUUCCUUUUUUUUAAACCUUUUUUGAGACUUUUUCAUUACAGGAUUUAAAACAAAAGCAGCCGCUCUUAAGGAAAAUGUAACUGCCGUGGCCACAAGUAUGCUUCUUGCACUUGAAGGCUCUAAGAGGGUUGCUUACUGCCCUUUUCUGCAUUGGACUCACGGCAGAGACUAUUAAACUUGAAGAUUAAAGAAACUAUUGCAAAUGCCAGUGCAUCAGAACCUAAGAGUGGUCAAUUAUGUGCAAUUUUUUGUAAAGAAAUUUUAAUUUAUAAUAAAGUUUAACAAUUUAAAGAAA